GAUCGGAAGAGAUUCUACAAUGCAGAUGCAAAGGGUUGAUGUUGAGGAAGAGCUAAGGAGAACGAAGGAGCAAUUGGGAUUGGCAGAGGAAGGAAGAGACCGAGCACUCGAUGAACUUCAAGGGAUGAAGGUGUUGGCUCAAGAGGCCAACAUGAGGCUAAGUGAGGCAUUGUCUUCUCGAAAGGUGAGGGAGGUAACUUCGGAGCUUAAUUCUGUGAAAGAAUCGCUGUCUAAUACAAAACAAGAAUUGAAAAUCAAAGAAACGAAUUUAGAGUCCUUGAAUCUUGAACUCGACAGGGCUAAUAAACAGUUUGAGGUUAAAUUGGCAGAGUGGGACUCGUCGUUAGAUAGGGUGAAUGAGGAAUUGAUUAAUGUGAAACUCUCUGAGAGUCACGCCAUGCGUUUAUUGUCUGAAAGUAAGGAAAGGAUUAAGGAACUCGAAGCUGAAAUGGAGAGAAGAAAGCUAUCGGAAGCCAAAAUGCAUGAGACAGUGGCCUCCCAUACAAAACAGCUCAAGGAAAACAAAGUUGAACUCGAAGAAUCCAAGAUCGAAAAUGUUUCUCUUUGUGAAAAGAUGGAAAAGUUGAAGGUUUUGUCUAGGCAAAAUAGUGGAGUUCUUGAUGUAUCUCAAAAGUAUGACAACAUUGAUUCCAUGAAAGAGGCGUUUGAAAGUCUCAAAUCCGAACUCAAAUUGGCAGAAGAGAAGCUGGCUUCUGCCCAAGAGGGUGAAAAAGUUGCCUUGUCGAAAGCCAAAAGCCUACUUGAUGAGAUGAACUCGCUUAAAAAUGAACUGAAGUUGGCAAUUGAGGCAGAAGAGAAGGGCAAGAAGGCCUUGGAUGAUCUCGCGUUAGCAUUGAAAGAAGUCGCGACAGAAUCCAACCGAACAAAGGAGAAACUAGGUGCAACUCGUGUGGAGCUAGAGCACGUAAAAGGGGAGGCAGAGCAAUUGAAGACAAUGGUGAGGAGUACUGAGGAAAUGUAUCAAAAGCUUUUGGACGAAACAAAGAAAGAAAGCGAGCUGAACAAAAACACGGUGGAGAGACUGAGAUUAGAAGCAGAGGAGUCGCUUUUGGCAUGGAAUGACAAAGAAAUGGGCUUUGUUAGUUGCAUAAAAAGAGCUGAAGAAGAGAAGACUCAUGCACAACAGGAGAACAUUAGACUGACCGAGUCCCUAAAAGCAUCCGAAAACAUGACCAAGGCAUCUAGGAAGGAAGUUCAAAAGAUAAGGGAUAUACUGAAGCAGGCCAUUAAUGAAGCCAACAUUGCCAAAGAAGCUGCUGGCAUUGCUAGAGGCGAAAAUUCGCAACUCAAGGAUUAUCUAGCCGACAAGAAUCAGGCCUUGGAUCUCCUAACUCAGGAAAACGAAAACCUUAGGAUCAAUGAGGCUGCAGCUCAUGAAAGUAUCAAGGAGUUGAAGCAAUUGCUUUCUGCAGCAUCAACAAAGGUGUCAAAGGCCAAGGACGAGGAGGAAGGAUGGAUAUUCAAGUCCCCGAAUUCAAUGGCUAAGGAGCAGCAAGAGAACGAAAGAAUCUACAAAACUAUCAGUUUCGAUCUUCACAAUUUAAAACUCCAGAAUAAUCAUGAUGAAGAUUCGGAAUUGGAGAUGGAUUAUGGUAACCCUGAAAAAGUUGAAGCACUCAAGGGUUCAAUAUUUGAUACUGCAGAUUCGCCGAAAAUGGACCACAAUACACGAAAAUCAUCAGGCCAUCAGCGCAGAGGGUCUUCGUUCAUGGAUUAUGGAGAAACAACAAAUUCAGAAGAUUUUGAUCACCUAGAUGGGACUCAUUUUGAUGAUGCAGAUGGUGAUAAACACUCACAGAGGAAAAGGAAAGCACUGUUACGAAGAUUCGGAGAUCUUCUCGUGAGGAAAAGUAUUCAUAAAAAAGAACCACUAUCCCUUGAAUAAGCAGUGUUACCAAAAUUUUCCUAUAUAUAACUUCUCCGCAUGCAGAGCUAAGACUUCGUAUAUUUGACUUUUCCAGCUCGUGCUCUUUUUUACAGUCUUUUAGUUAAAAGUAGAACUAGUUUUUUUUUAAA